AUGGACCGAAUCACAAAUCCGGCGCCAACGCAGCGAUUGACAUCGCCACCGAGCUCGCCCACGUCAUGGUUGAAGACCAACACUGGCCCCAUGUUCCCCAAAGACCGCGAGUCCGCCAUCCGUGGUGAAAGGCCCCGCUAUGACUGGGUCUACGACCAAGCCGUGAACGCCACGCACGACAAGCUCAACGGUGUCAUGCGCACACAGCUCGACGUCUGGCACUGCCCGAAGACCAACGGCACCCAGCACAUCCUCCACGCCUCCAGCCACAUCGUGGACACUCCGACGAGGCAGAGGAUUGCACGCUGGUACAACAAGUCGUAUCUGGAGCAGACGGGGCAGCUGCGCAACACCUACGAUCCCUCGGCGACGGGACCUUUGGGCGGAGGAGUCACCAUCAGCCACGAUGGCACGGUGCGGCGGAAGCUGCAGCGUUCCUCCACGGCCCCCGGCGGCGGGCUGAGGACCCUCCAGGUAGCCGGCGAGAACUACCUUCCGCCAUGGGUGAACCGGAGCCAGUACGA